ACGACCCCAACUAGCAAUUAGUCCAGCUUGACGAGCUACCUAUUCCUACUUUUUGUCCUUGAUUUUGCUCGAUACUUCACCUACCGAAAUCCAUUCUAUUUCCUCUUUUAUUCCAUUGAAAUAAAAACUAUAAUUCGAUUACUGCUUGGGGAAAGGAUUGUUCCUCUAGUCAUAUAUUACUACGAUAUUACUAAUAUUAUACAGUGAAACUCUUUAAUACAAACACUGUAAAUUGUGGUUGCAUAGAACCUAGAGGGAACCUUCAACUUCUUCCAUUCACAAGCAGUUUCUUUCAAGGUUGUGAUGAAGUUUUCAUGGCUCUUAUUUGUUAUAGGCUUUCUUUCAUUUGCAUGGCCUGUAGUUUCUGCACCGAUAUUGGCUAUUGACUAUGGUACUGAAUGGACCAAAGCAGCUUUAAUUAAAGCUGGUAUACCGCUGGAGCUCGUGUUAACUAGAGAUACUCGCCGUAAAGAACAAAGUGCGGUUGGUUUUAAAGGUGAUGAAAGACUGUUUGGCGUUGACGCUGCCAAUUUGGCAACUCGUUUACCUUCUCACUCUAUUCGGAACGUAAAGGAAUUAUUGGAUGCUUCAGGACUCAAGUCAAGUUUGGUUCAAAAAUAUAUUCAAAAUAACCCUGCUUUACAGCUUCAGGAAAAUGAUGAGUCAAUUUCUGGAGUAUCUUUUGUCGUUUCGGGUUCAGACUCUUAUACCUUAGAGGAAAUUAUCGCAAUGACUAUGGAACAUUAUAUUAAUUUGGCUGAGGAAAUGGCUCAAGAGCCCGUUAAUGACUUGGUUCUGACUGUUCCCCCACAUUUUAAUGAAUUUCAGAGGUCCAUUUUACUUGGCGCUGCACGUAUUUUAAACAAAGACGUCUUGGCUUUAAUCGAUGAUGGUUUAUCAGUAGCGCUCGAGUAUUCUCUUUCUCGAUCCUUCUCUGAAGAACCUGUUCAUCAUAUUAUUUAUGAUGCUGGAUCCGGCUCAAUUUCUGCGACAUUGGUUGCUAUUGACGCUGUCCCUAGGGGAACCUCAGGAAAAGGUAAAAACAUUACACGGAUCCGAUCAUUGGCUAGCUCCACAACUUUGGAUAUAAAUGGUAAUGAGCUCAAUCGAAAAAUCGUGAACUUUAUGAAAGAUGCAUUCCAACAAAAACACAAUAUCGACUUGUCUCACAAUGGUCGAGCUCUUGCCCGGCUAGAAAAAGAGGCUUUGCGAGUCAAGCAUGUCUUAUCUGCAAAUUCUGAAGCUUAUGCUUCAAUAGAAGAACUAGCUGAAGGGAUUGAUUUUCGCCUGAAAAUUACUCGCUCUCUCUUUGAAUCUUUAUGUGAAGACUUAGCUAUGUCUUCUGUUUUGCCAAUUAAGGAAGCUCUUUCCAAGGGCAAUGUAUCACUUGAAGCCUUGGAUUCCGUUAUUCUUCAUGGAGGAACUUCACGUGUACCUUUUAUUCAAUCUGCUAUACAUGAUUAUGUCAAAGGUGAUAAAAUUUCCAAGAAUGUGAAUGCAGAUGAGGCCUCUGUGAAAGGCGCUGCCUUUUAUGGUGCUAGCUUGACUAGCAGUUUCCGUGUGAAACCUGUUAUCGUUCAAGGAGCUGUGUAUAAUCCCUACUCACUUAUUUUAACGAAUAUGCAUCACUUAGUAGCAUUGCCUGAAUCUACUCCUUUAGGAUCUUCUCAUGCUGUUGCUAUAAAUACAACCGAGUUAGGAGCACAUCCUUCCUUACCUGUUUCUAAUAAAGGUACUCUUAUCGGAGAAAUCAGUAUCAACAACUUAAGUGAAGCACUGAAAGAAACUGAUUCUUGCUCAGAAAGACAAGUUUUGUUUGAUUUCUCUACUGAUUCGUUAAAGGGAACGUUUAUACCGGUUCGUUCAUUUGUUGCAUGCGAGCAGAAGUCGGCUUCAGCAGCUGGCAUCGGAGGAAAAGUUAAAAGUCUCUUCAGUAAUACUCAAUCUGGAAAAUUAAAUGAGGAAUCGUUAGAGCUUCAAGGUCUUAAUUUCACUUAUAAACGCUAUAGAGAACUGUCUGAUGAGUCUCUUCAAUCAUUUUCGGACAGACUUGCGCUUCGUUCUUUGAAGGAUAAAGAAAAGGCUUUACAUGAGAGUGCCCUAAAUGAGUAUGAAAGCUUACUCUAUAGCGCUCAGGGAUUAUCCGAUGAUGAUGAAACUUUAGCCUUUGCUAAUUCAGAGGAGUCAAAAACGUUGAAACAAGUAGCUGUCGAAGAUAUUGACUGGUUACUUCAAGAUGGUCCUACAGCCGAAACUAAACUCGUUGUGGCCAAGCAAAAGAAACUUGCUGAUAUAAUUAAAUCCAUAUCGUAUCGCCAAGAUGAGAGCCAGAAAUUUAAUUCCAGCCUUGAAAAUCUUAAUUCGACGGUUAGUAGGGCAGAAUCUCUUUUGACUAGCUUCGAUGUCCCUUCUUAUCCGUUAACGGACUACGAUGAAAAAGAUGUGAAGAGAGUAACUUCACUUCGUAACGCAUCUUACAAAAAGUUAAGUGAAGAGUAUGAAACCGUAAAUGCUUGGCUUAAUAAUAGCUUGGAAAAACAUAAUUCAAGAGCCCAAUACGAAGAUCCUGUUAUGGUUACUUCAGAAAUGGACUCUAAAACUAAAAAGCUUCAAAACCUUUUAUAUGAAUAUCUUCGACGUUCACUUCAACAUCCAAAGUUGAAGCCUAAAAGUAAAGCAGCCUCCUCUUCCUCGGAGAAAGCUGAUCAAGAGACGGCAGAGUCCUCUGAGGGUUAUACUAAGAGUUAUUCAGAACCUACUUCUACACAGGCUUCUGAAUCUACGUUUGGUACAUCUACUUCUUCAAUUGUCAAUGAUGAUGAUUUUGAAGAUGAACUUUAACCUUGUUUUAUUUAUAGAGAUACAGUAAAACUGAGAUGAUCCGUUUACUACGGGAAUUCAGUUUAACUGGAUAAUGAUCAUAUGAAAGUUAGAUUAUAGAUGACUUUGAUUGUCAUUAAUGAAUUGUUACUUAAUAGCCAAGUAUAUUGUAAGGAUAGUUUGAAUAUAAGACCGUUAGAUAAAACAGA